AUGCAACGUUUUGUUGACGACGUCCUCGCUGUUACUAAAGAGUCGGUGAAGACGUUUACUUAUGAGUCAUUGAACAAUACUGUGAGAUUGAUCAAUGGUGUCUCAGCUCUUCUGUUGACACUGCUUCCUGGGAAAGCUAAUAUACUUGCAGGUAUUCAAGGUUGGGAGCUUACGCCAACUUUUCGUGGACCACGCUUUCCACGUUGGAUGGAAAAUGGUGUGUCCUCUUUCAACCAGUUUAUUCAUGAGCUUUCUGUGGAUUCCGAUUUAUCAAGCCUGGAAUAUUCAUCUGGAGAAGAAGCAGAAGAAUACGAAGAAGACCGUGAUGAAUAUGAAGAAUAUCCUCAACCUCCCUCCUCUCAAAGUUCUGGAGCCUCCGGAACUACUUUUACUAAUUAUGGUGGGCACCAGACGGGUUGGAUAUUGGUUUCCAUACGGUUCUUGCUGGGGAUUCCAUUUCGUCUUUUCCAAUUGGUUUUCUCUGGGGUGUCAAAACGGCGCGUUAUCUCUGGCUAUCAACACCCUUCACAACCACAUUCACCCAAUAGAGUGCCAAGCCUCAAGGAUCAAAUUAUUCAUCGUGCUACUGAUAAGAGACGUGGAGUCAUAGAGGAUCUUCAUUUGGCCAUGGAAAUAUUUAUAGAAGCUGUUUUUGAUGUUAUUCACAAGGCAAUACACAUUCUUAUUUCCCCAUCAGAAGCUUUUGGAACAUUAUUCGGGUUGUUUUCAUCUCAUGAAAGGCGCGUUUUAGUUGAUAAUGAGGUUGAGGAUGCCUCUGUUUCUUCAGCUCCUACAGACAGCAAUACUAGUUUUCGCUCAUCUCUAAACACGGAUGCCCGGACAUGUCAAGAUGUUAUAACGGAGCUAGGGUAUCCAUAUGAAGCUAUUCAUGUGAUCACUGCGGAUGGAUAUGUUCUUCUUUUAGAAAGAAUUCCUAGGCGAGAUGCACGUAAAGCUGUUUAUCUUCAGCAUGGAACCUUUGAUUCAUCAAUGGGUUGGGUAUCUAACGGGGUUGUUGGCUCUCCCGCUUUUGCAGCCUAUGACCAAGGGUUUGAUGUGUUUCUUGGAAAUAUUCGUGGUUUGGUUUCCAGGGAACAUGUCAACAAGAAUAUCUCCUCUCGUGAAUAUUGGAAGUACUCUAUCAAUGAAUAUGGGACUGAGGAUAUUCCUGCUUUGAUAGAGAAAAUCCAUCAAGUAAAAACUGCUGAGUUGAGGCUUAGAAAGCUUGAUAUUGAGGAGGAAAGUAAUGAUGAUCAGCUUUACAAGCUCUGUGCUAUUUGCCAUAGUCUUGGAGGAGCUUCUAUGUUAAUGUAUGUUGUAACGCGUAGGAUAGAAGCAAAUCCGCAUAGACUUUCAAGGUUGGUUUUGUUGUCACCUGCUGGUUUUCAUCAUGACUCAAACCUAAUAUUUUCUGUGAUGGAGCAUGUAUUGUUUUUGCUGGGUCCUAUUUUGUCUCGUAUUUUCCCAGCCUUCUAUAUACCAACCAGGUUUUUCCGUAUGCUUUUUAACAAGUUAGCUAGGGACCUGCAAAACCUACCUGCAGUUGGAGGAUUGGUUCAAACGUUAGUAGGUUACGUAGCUGGUGGGGACAGCUCAAAUUGGGUUGGGGUUUUAGGAUUACCACAUUACAACAUGAAUGAUAUGCCAGGAGUAUCGUUUGGUGUUGCUCUCCAUCUUGCACAGCUAAAGCGUGCUAGAAGAUUUAGAAUGUUUGAUCAUGGGAGUGCAUAUGCUAAUAUGAAACUAUAUGGUUCCCCUGAGCCUUUGGACUUGGGUGAACACUAUGGUCUCAUCGACAUUCCUGUUGAUCUAGUUGCUGGUCAGAGAGACACGGUAAUACGACCUUCAAUGGUAAAGAGACACUAUAAAUUGAUGAAGGAUGCUGGCGUGGAUGUGUCAUACAAUGAGUUUGAAUAUGCUCAUUUGGAUUUUACCUUCUCUCACCGUGAAGAACUUUUGUCGUAUGUUAUGUCACGUUUGCUUCUUCUGGAGCCCAAUUCAAAGAAUCAUCAAGUAAAUCAAAGGGUUCUAAGAUCGAGAAGGAAAGGACAGCUUUCAGUAAGUGGGUAG